AUUCACUUGACGUUUAACAUAGAGAGCUUUGGAGAAGACAUAGCCUCUGAAACAGAGGAUACUGCAGUGUUUAAUGCUAGUGAGACCAUAAAUUAGCUGAAUAGAUUUGGGACAGCCUUAAGAGUUAGCUGUGAGCUCGCUUGAGACUUUUUAUUUUAAGGCAUAAACGUAGAACGCUUUAUAUAAUGCGCAGAUUAUUGUUUCUGAUACUGCCUCAGCUGUUAGCAACUGGUACAUGUGAUACAAGCCCAGGUCCUGAACAAGAAGGAAAGCAUGAAGGUAAAAUGCUUGCCCAUUGGAGUUACGAAGAUCAAAACUGGGGCAAAGACUAUCCACUUUGCAAUGGGGAUGCACAGUCUCCUAUCAAUAUCGACACUGGGAAAACCACAGUCAACAAAGAACUACCUUCAAUCACUCUUGAAGGAUAUAAUCUAAAGGAAACUGAACAGCUUGAUUUAUCUAAUAACGGACACACAGUUCAACUUUCACUCCCGGAUUCAAUGAGCAUAAGCCAUGGUUUCAAGCAGAAGUAUCUAGCAUCUCAGCUGCAUUUUCACUGGGGAUCAGACACCAGUCCGGGAUCCGAGCAUACAGUGGAUGGUACCCAGUAUGCUGCUGAGAUGCACGUUGUUCAUUUUGCUGCCAAGUAUGAAAGUUUGGCCAAUGCAGCACAGGAAGCAGAUGGUCUCGCUGUUCUGGCAAUAUUCCUUCAGGUUGGAGCACAAGACAAUAAAAACUAUGAUCAUAUAUUUGAUAAACUUCAAGAUGCUGUUGAAGGUGCUACUAUAAAAAUUCCUGGUUUUGACAUUAACACAUUGUUACCCAGUCAGCUAUACCGCUUUUUCCGCUAUAAUGGAUCUUUGACAACGCCACCCUGCUUUCAGACAGUUACCUGGACAGUAUUCAACGAGACCGUCCUCAUUUCUCAAGCACAGCUGGAUAAAUUGAAGACCAGCUUAAAGACUGGCCAUCGCACAUUGGAUUCAAAUUUUAGGCGGGUUCAGCCACUCAACAGAAGGAUUGUAUUUGCUUCCUUUUCAUCACUAACAUCAUCAAGAAGAAUAGUUCCGAAAGCUGGUUUUUCUGAAUCUGAUGGAAGUGACAAUUCAGCAAACGGCAUCCAUUUCACUUUAGGUGAUACCCUGGCUGUUAUAUUUGGGACCUUGUUUGGAUGUACUGCUUUGGCCUUUGCGAUUUAUGUGCUGAAACAAAAAAGACAAAGAUCAAACACUGAAAGAGGACAGAAGGUAAUUUACAAACCUGCUGCUACAAUGGAAGCAUGAGAACACAAUGAAUCAGUUUACCAGCAGAAAACCUGGAAUCAAACCUGGAUGUUAGAGCAAAAGUUAAUGAUUCAGCGAGAACAAAUUAUCUGUUUAUUAUCUACGCUGUUCAGAACUUUAGACGUGGCUCAAUGCAAUUUGAAACUGUGUUUCUGAAUAACAAAUAUUUCGUGCAGUACUAGGAAGAAGUCAUGCUUUAAUAAAAUACUGCAUUGUAAUAUGUUACGAUCUGAAUGCAGUGCAAAGAAAUGCAGUACCUAAACAGCAGAGCUGUACAGCACUAUAGCAAUUCCACUGAGGCUGUUGAUUGUUCAGCUACUAGGAGACUGGUAAACAAUUUUGAUCAGUUGUAUAAAACAAUUAAUUUUAAAUGAA